GAUGUGCCCUGUCUCCUGCGGAGCCCGCUAUUCCCCAUGGUCCUGACGGAGUCCCAGCAUCCACUAGGACGUUAGAGAAAAGGUUUUACUUUCAGCUGUAGUAUCACAUAACAGAGAGAAGAAUGACUUGUGUUUCUUUAGUGAAUGAGACAUUUCCUGCUUUUCAGUUGUGACAGAUCCCUGUUUCUGAACAGGCUGGACUAUGGGCCUUGUUGCUAUGGUAACAUCAACAGAGUUGUACAUCUUACAGCUGCCAUGAACAAGGGACAGAAGAAUGGAUUCCCCUACUACAGCAGACAGGUUACAGGCAACACCUGGGGACGAGAGACAGAGGGAAGGCGAAAAACACAGCAAGCAAAGCAGGAAGGCUUCCUUUGUCCUCUAAAGAUUGUUGAAGUUAACUCUUUAGGUUACUUCAUCCGAAUACUGAACACUUCCCAGCAGCAAACUGUUGAUAUAGGUGGCUAUAUCCUGCGGCAGCUGGAAGCUGGACAUGUAGUGUCUAUGUAUCGCUUCCCACAGAAUCUGCUUGUUCCUCCUCUGCAGCACAUCACGAUUUGGACUUCUGCAGCAAAGAUCUCCCAUCACCCACCAACAGAUUUAGUGUGGAAAGGACGUGCUUACUUCCGGACUGAUCCACAAUGCAUUACUGUCCUGUCACGCCCAAAUAAUCAGCCUGUAGCCUCAUAUAAGCCUGAUGGGUCACCCUGUUUGUAUACCACUGCUAGACUGAGUAUAUCUCAAAAUCAAACAGUCAUACGAAGGCCCAUGAUGGAACAAAACCUGUCUAAGUCCAACUCCGCACCACCUGCACCUCCCAGGACCUGUGAUGUACCAGCCAUGCCACAUCCUGACAGUAGGAUAACCCACAGUAUAUUUUAUCCAGCUGGUAUUAGACAGAAAUUCCCGCUGACCUCCAGGAAUUCAGGACUGGCAUGCACGGACUCGCCUCCCUCUGUUACAUGGAACCCUGUAAGUAGGCGUACUGCUCGCAGGUUGAAUACAAAUAGCCCACUUGUCAGACUCGUAGUGCAGAAGACAGCCCGCUCCAAGCAUGGGUUCAAUUACCUCAGUCACAUACCGUUCACGUAUGGUCUCCUGGGAGUGUAGAGACAGUCUUCUACCAUUAUAUGGGUGGCAGAUGAGAAGAAAAUCUAAGGUAUCGCCUUAAUCUACACACGGUUCCGUCUGACCAGUGACCAUAAGGAGACUCAGUGCUGCUUGUGUUUACCUCAUGCAACUAUGCAAAAUAAAUUCAUCUGCACA